AUGGACGCGUUUUGCACUUGGUUAGGUAUCUUCUUUGUGUUAAACAUUAUCAGUCCUGGAUUUUCUACUUGUCUGCUGGGCUGCUCCUGCACUAAUGAUUAUUUGGGAAGGUCCCUACUGUGUAUGGAAACCUCCAUGGGACAGAUCCCAGAGAAUAUCCCUAAUGAUUUUACUAAAAUCCGAAUCGAAAACUGCCACCUGACUGAAAUACCCAGAGGUUCCUUCUCUCAAGUUCAUGCCUUAGAGUUUCUCUGGCUAAAUUUCAACGAGAUCACCUUGAUGCACAUCAAAAGCCUGGAGGGACUUGCCAACCUGACUGAGCUAAGGCUACAAGGCAACAAGCUGACUUCGCUACCAUGGACAGCAUUUCAGAGCACGCCCAGACUUAAAAUCUUGGACCUCAAGCACAAUCGUCUAGAUGUCUUGCCAGAGCAUGCUCUAAGACACUUGCCAGCACUGACCUAUUUAGAUUUAUCCUUCAAUCAGCUUAGAAUCGUAUCAAAAGAAGUGUUCACAAAUUGGCCUCUUUACCAAACCGCAGAGAAAGCGUGGGGGAAAGAAGGAAUGGUUUCUAACGUGGUUUUGGCACUACAUGACAAUCCCUGGUCAUGUGACUGCCGACUUAAAGGUUUUGUUGAAUUCAUCCGCGAGGUCAGCCCACCUAUCAUCCUCAUGAACUCAUACUUGAAGUGCUUAGGCCCAGCCUCCAAAGCAGAAAAGUAUUUCCAUGAGAUCCAGCUAAAAACCUGCAUGGAGCCGGUGGCUUCUGUCACAGAGUAUAACAUUUCUUUAUCUCUGGGAGCAAAUGCAACUCUGACGUGCCUUGUCCAAGCCAGACCUCUACCAAGCAUUCAGUGGAUGUACCCUCUGAAGAUUAUCAGAGGAUUUUCUUCUACCCAGACUCAGAUAGACGAGGAGACCAUCACAUCCCAGCUGGUGAUCCCAUCUGUACACCUAGCAGAUCGUGGAAUCUACACUUGCAUGGCCAACAAUUUUAUUGGGAACUCCUCUGUCAGUAUCUCACUCAACAUUGAUUCCUCCAACUCUGCUGCCCCUCUUCCACCCCCUGUACCCAUACUGUCAUCUGAUGAUAGUCCCCACAUUGACAUCCGGAUUGCCAAGCAAACCAUUUAUGGCAUUACCCUGGAGUGGUAUGCUGUGACGGACAAUCCUGCAGACAUGUGGUUCACCAUCCACUUUGGUAAGUAUUCUUCCCCCAAGAAAGAAAUGAUCUUUAUUGGCCCUGGCAUAAACACCUACUCAGUCAGCGACCUGCUCCCUGCCACCAAAUAUGAGGUGUGCGUCACCCUGAAGAACCACCCACCCAGAGAGGGUCAGUGCAUAAUUUUUGUAACAGGAAGUGACAUUAGUGAGAUGGAGCAGAGGGAAAGACUUAUCCACAUUAUUGUCAUUGUCUGUGCCAUGGUUUUGGCAGUGCCUGCAGGCAUGUAUGUAUGCACUACAGAGACAAGGUUCGGCUGUAUGGACCACUGUAUGGAUUUCUGGAAGAAGCGCAGUAGACGUGGCGAGAACGCAGAGGGCCUGGAAAGGCAGAACACCUUCGACAGCAUGCAGGCAGCCAGUGACGAAGCCCUAUGUAGGGAUUCAGAAAAACCAACAAAAAGGAGAAAAUCUGAAGACAAGAGCAAAGGUGGAAGUGCUGCUCACUUAUACUAA